UCAGCUACCCGCCCAAGCCCAUCCACUUCAUCUCAAAAACUCUACUCAAUAUCAAGCCUUCACCCCAUAACCAAACAACAAACAAUCAAGAUGCCUCCCAAGAAGACCGAGACCAAGACCGAGGGCGCUGCUACUGCUCCCAAGGCCAAGUCCGCGAGCACCCAUGGCUCGUAUCAGGACAUGAUCACCGACGCCAUUGUUGCGCUUAAGGACCGUAACGGCUCUAGUCGGCAAUCUCUGAAGAAGUAUGUCCGCGCCAACAACACCAUCACCGUCACGGACAAGAUGUUCGAUUCGCUCUUCAACAAGGCCCUGAAGACUGGUGUCGACAAGGGCCUCUUCGAGCAACCAAAGGGUGCUUCCGGCGGCACCAAGCUCGCCAAGAAGGCUGCCAAGCCCGCCGCGCCAAAGAAGGCAGCGGCUCCCAAGAAGGAAUCCAAGGAGAAGAAGGAACCCAAGGAAAAGAAGGCUGCCGCGCCCAAGAAGGCCGCUGCUCCCAAGAAGGAGGCCGCGCCGAAGAAGGAGCCCAAGGAGAAGAAGGCUGUCCCUGCUGCCAAGAAGGAGAAGAAAGUGGCCGCUCCCAAGAAGGCUCCUGCUGUUGUUGAGAAACCCACAGUCCUGACCAAGACCAAGUCUGGCCGUGUCUUUUUUCUCUCUUCUAAUGUGAUGUGAUGGCUUCUUCGAAUGGCGUUACGGUAUCUGGGAACAUUGGGGAACUGGGUGCAUAGGGCACGCGCGCUCUCACUUCAGGCUUUGUCUAGCUUUUGGGUUUUGGUUGGGGGGCAUCUUUUGUGAUGAAUGUGCGCGGGAAUAUGACUUGGCAGGCACGCCUGUCUCUGCGGCCGUUCUAUGAAGCAACUUGCUCACGUCUCACAUUUUGUGUUUACUUGAGAUACCUCGGAUUCUUCCCAGAGGCUGAGCUGGCGGGUGGGACUUGGUGGGCGUUGGCAUUUUUUCGCGCGACUGCGAGUCGAUUCAGGCGGCCUAGAAUUGGGGGGGACCCCGGGGACAGGGAUUUGUAAUUAUACCAAUGGAUGACGGGUUCGAAUUAUGAUUAUUUCUUCAUUUGACUGACCAUUUUAUCCUUUGUUUUUGCAUUUUCGUGUCUUUUC